AGCCGGGUCCGCGGGAAGCCGGGCCCUUCCGGGCCGAGGCCGGGCCCAGUGCCCGGAAGCCGAGAGGCCGAGAGGCCCGGACGCCGCAGCUAUGGAGCGAAGCGAGCCCCGCGGAGCCGGCUCCCCGCCUCCCUCCAGCGACUGGGGCCGCCUGGAGGCCGCCAUCCUCAGCGGCUGGAGGACCUUCUGGCAGUCGGUGGGCAAGGAGCGGGCGGUGCGGCCUGCGGCGCGGGAGAACGCGGAGGAGGAGGCCUCCAUGCUGACGGGGCUACCGAUUGAUGUGCAGCUGUACAUUUUGUCUUUUCUUUCGCCCCAUGAGCUGUGUCAAUUGGGAAGUACAAAUCAUUAUUGGAAUGGAACUGUACGAGAUCCAAUUCUGUGGAGAUUUUUUCUGUUGAGGGAUCUCCCUUCUUGGUCUUCUGUUGACUGGAAGUCACUUCCAGAUCUAGAAAUCUUAAAGAAGCCUAUAUCUGAGGUCACUGAUAGCACAUGUUUUGAUUACAUGGAAGUUUAUAAAAUGUGCUGUCCAUAUACAAGAAGAGCCUUGAAAUCCAGCCGUCCUAUGUAUGGAGCUGUUACCUCUUUUUUACACUCAUUGAUUAUUCAGAAUGAACCCCGAUUUGCUAUGUUUGGACCAGGUUUGGAAGAAUUGAACACAUCUUUGGUGUUGAGUUUGAUGUCUUCUGAGGAACUUUGCCCUACUGCUGGUUUGCCUCAGAGACAGAUCGAUGGUAUUGGAUCUGGAGUUAGUUUCCAGUUGAGCAAUCAACACAAAUUCAACAUCCUGAUACUAUAUUCGACUACCAGGAAGGAAAGGGACAGAGCAAGGGAAGAGCACACAAGUACAGUUAACAAGAUGUUCAGCCUACAGAGUGAAGAAGAUGACCAACAUGGAAGCCGGUACAGUGUAAUCCCACAGAUUCAGAAGGUGUGUGAAGUCGUAGAUGGGUUCAUUUAUGUCGCAAAUGCUGAAGCUCAUAAACGGCAUGAGUGGCAGGAUGAAUUUUCUCGUAUUAUGGCCAUGACAGAUCCAGCUUUUGGAUCUUCAGGAAGACCGAUGUUGGUUUUAUCAUGUAUUUCUCAAGCGGAUGUAAAAAGAAUGCCCUGUUUUUAUUUGGCUCAUGAGCUGCGCCUCAAUCUUCUAAACCACCCAUGGAUGGUCCAAGAUACAGAAGCUGAGACUCUGACUGGGUUUCUGAAUGGCAUUCAGUGGAUUCUUGAGGAAGUAGAAUCUAAGCAUGCAAAGUGAUGCUCCUUUUGGAUCUUGGGAAGCCCAGGGUUACGAUGUGUUUCCUUGGUCCGUCUGCCUUUUUGUAGGCAGCUUAAUAUUGGGCAGCUAUAAGCUGCUGUGGUUUUGAUAGAAUUUUCGAAUUUUACAGAAAAUCAGUUAUAAGUUUCAACCCUUAUAAUUUACCUUUGAACUUUCAAAUUUUUGAUAACUUUUGCAUUUUCUGUCUUUUGAAAAUAUUAAAUUC